AUGCUUGCAUUGAGUGACACUGACAGUGGCGACGAUCCAGUCUUUGUUACACCGAGAAAACCCCCUCCGUCCCGACUUGGGGGGCCUUGGGGGAGUAGGCCUCCUGCCUCCUCCUCCCAGAAGGAUCGUGUCCCUUGGAAGAAGGGUCCGAACUCUUCCCUGAGCCUGGAAGAGAGGGGCUUCAAGGAGAACCGGGCUCCAGGUUCGGUCCGAAGCUGGCAGCGGGAGAUGAGGGAGACGUCAGGAUCCGAGAGCUCUGACGAAGAGAUUGCCAGCUUGGCCGUUCACGUCAAGCAAGCGAUGGUCUUCUCUCCAAGGAAGAGUGCCUUGCGUCCCUCAAGCCCCUUUGAAGAGAGGGGCCCCAGGCCUUCCCCAAGAAGCCUCCUCCCAGCAGCAAAGAAGGAGCCCUCCCAGCCACCUGGGCCUGAUCCGUCCACGUCCGCUCAGGCUCCCAAGAACAAAGCGCUUGCUGAUGUCACCCAGCUGCACCGGACGCAGACUCCUAGGGGAAGCUCCUGCCAAAUCCCAGUCUGCUUCCUGGAGGAGCUGUCAGACCCAGACUCCCAGCCAUCGAGGCUCUUCCGCAGUCAGAAAGAGAAGCUGGCACAGGACCUCUAUGCCUUCUAUAACACUUCCGUCUUCCAGGAAAAGGUAGUAUGGUCUGAGCAGUUUGUUUCUGUUAUCGGCCCUAGCAGCAACGGACCCAUGGAUGGCCAGAUGGCUUCCUGGCCAGUGUUUUUGGGUGACCCAUGCGAAGCACCUAGGAAAGGAGAGCUGCCCUUUCUUGAGGGGCCCCCACACCUCGCCCCUGAAAAGCCCAGUGGGCUCGUUCUUAUGGGUCGGAAGCAGGGCAGGGGAUGCCAUUUGCCACCAUUGGCUAGACUUAGGGAGCCCUG